GUGUAUAGCUCUGAUUCAGCAUGGGAAGGUGUUGAUGCUACUGAUGAGCGUUGUCCACGGUGUUCGCAUCCCCGCGCUUACUAUACGCAACUUCAGACUCGUUCUGCUGAUGAACCUAUGACUAUUUUCUAUAAAUGUUGCGACCCCAAGUGUAUGCAUUCCUGGCGGGAAGGUUAACCUCUCAGUAUUUUUUUACAGCAAAUAGAUUUACUUACAUCCGAAGUAUCAUGAAUCCUACCACAAUGGGCCCUGUAAAAGAACAUAUGGAUAAUGCCAAAGCAGAACUAAAAUUAAUUCCUGAAACAGAAAAACAUUGGCUGUGUGGUGGUAAUAGAAGUAUUGGCAUAGCAGCAACUCUCUUGCAACAAAAUAAAGUGAUUGCAGUGCCAACAGAUACUAUCUAUGGGUUGGCUUGUUUAGCAUCCAGCACAGAAGCUAUUGAGCGACUGUACCAGAUCAAAAAACGGGACGAAAGAAAACCAGUAGCGAUCUGUUUGAGCAAUGUAAAAGAUGUGACACAAUGGGCAGUCACCGACAACCUACCUUCCUGUUUAUUGGAGAAGUUACUUCCUGGACCUUAUACCAUAAUUCUAAAACACAAAUCUAACCUGAAUCCUGCACUCAACCCUGACAUUGAUAAUAUAGGUAUCCGUGUACCGAGCUCCAGGUUCAUGCGCAGUAUAGCAAAAAUUGUAGGCCCGAUUGCACUCACUAGUGCAAACAUUAGCAAUAAACCGAGCACUUUAUACCCUGAUGAGUUCUCGAUGUUGUGGCCCGAGCUUGAUGGCAUCUUUUACGAUUUGACAUGUAUGAAGAGGACCAAUGCACAUAGAGUUGGUUCUACUGUGGUGGAUUUGUCGCAACCAGGUUUUUACAAAAUUGUGCGCCAUGGUAUUGCUGCACAUAUCAUCCUAGGCAUAAUGCAGAAGGCUGGUUUGAUAAGUAUUACAGAUGAGUGAUUGACAGUGUCACAUAUGAUAUGUCAAUCAUGCUUUUGAAUGUAUGUUGUCUCAUAUAUGCAUAUAUAAACAAUUAUGCGCGUGCAUAUACCUGUAAUAUAAAAAAAUUAUAUGUUAUUUGUACCUUUAUAUUUAAAUUACAAGAAGUAAAAAGUAGUCUCUUAAAAUCUCAUUUUAUUGCAGCUCAUUUGUUCUAAGAACUCUUCUGGCACAUUUCAUCCCCCCUUUCGCAAUUUAUCAAACAAGUUUUUAAUAAAUUAUUCAUUAAAAG